AUGAAUGAAAGUAGCAUAAAAGAGAAAUUGAGAGUGUCCAUUAAUCACAUGAACAAGAGGAAAUUAAAAUUAGGAAUUAAAAUAUUUUCAUUAGAAAAAACAAUAUGUGAAAUUUUUAAUAUUUUUUCAAAAAAAUGUAAGAAAAGGUUAAAUGAAGCAUUAAUAGAAUUACAAAUAAAAAAAAAAAAUUGUGAUAUUUGUUCAGAAAAAAUUGAUGAAUUUCAUCCAUUUCUUUUGUAUGAUGUAAAUGUGGACAACACAACAUUUUAUAUCAAAAAAAUAGAAGCUUAUUGCUCCAAAUGUUAUGCAAUAAAAGACUUUUCCAUAUUUUCAUAUGUUUUAUAUAAUAAUAAAAAGGAAAAUGAAUUUUUAAACUUUUCUCCAAUUUAUGAACAUUAUUAUAAAGUUAAUAACUUGGAUGUACGAAUGAGAAAUAUUUUGGAGAAUGAUUUGAAUAAUUACUUUGCCGUAUCCAUACUAGUAAAAAAUUUAAAGUGGAAAUGUUCCACUCCUCAUGAGACCUUCGAAGAGUUCCUCGAGUAUUCUUUAAACACCAAUUAUAAAAUAAAGACAAGUAUAACUAGCCAAAAAAUGAGGAAAAAAAAUAAAAGAGAAGAUAAUGAUAAAAGGAAUUCCAAAAUUGAUGUUCAAAAAAAAUUAAAGAUUGAAAAAUGA